UCCCCUCCAACAGGGAAUACGUCAUCUGCUGACGUAGGUCAUGAAGGAAUCCCAAGCUCAGAUGAUGGAGGAGAUAAAAAGAAAAGUGGGGAAAAGGUUAGCAGGCAAGCUGAAGGUGGAGAAAGUCAAAGCAGUAGUGAGAAUACAGACGGAAGUAGAGGAAGUCAUCAAAAAAGUUCUUCAGAGGAUGAUAGACAAUAUAGUGGUGGCCACCACAACAGCCAACAUCAUGACAACAGAUCACACGGAAAUCGAGAUCACAGAUCCCCCAGCUAUAACCAGUAUGAUCGACCUCAAGAGGACAGAGGCAGGUCUAGACAUGACAGACAUUCUCACGGAGAUAGAGAUACGAACAGUCAUCAUGGUCAGAACAGGCAUUACCAUGACAACAGGCAUCAUUACGAUAGAAAUCGCUAUGAUGACGGAAGACACGGACAUCACAACAACAGACAUGGUCACCAUGACAAUAGGCAUGGUUACCCUGACAACAGGCAUGGCUACCAUGACAACCGAUCUCCAAGAUGCCAUUGGAGAGGUCAUGGAGUGUAUAGAGGUGGAUAUAGAGAUUAUAGAUAGCUUAUACCAGAACGUGUCACAGGAUCUGAGACGGAUAUAG